AUGGAGGCCAGGCGGCUGCAAUCAGUUCACUGCCUGCUACUACGGGUUGAAGUUUCAACUCAGGUGUUCUGCGGGACGGUAUGGGACGAUCAAGUGAAACGUUGCCAGCGGACGUCGUCGACGUGUCCAGAAAGAGGUAACAACCCCUGUAUAACGAACUGCACGGCUCUACCAGAUGGUAACUACCAGUCAUGCAAGGGAUGCUCCCUGUAUGCAUCCUGUCGUCAACGGCGAAUCAGACUCAAUAAAUGCUCCCCAGGAACAUUCUGGGACGAUUCCCUGAAGAGAUGUGAGAAGAACUCCUCCACCUGCCCUGGCCCCACCCCUGGCCCCACCCCUGGCCCCUCACCACCGUCUAACCGGUGUGUCUCGAGCUGUGCCGGAGUUCGCGACGGCGACUAUCAGUCGUGUAUUGGAUGCCAGGUGUUCGCCUCAUGCGCCCACGGUCAGCUGUUUGACAACAGAACCUGCCCAGGCAAUCUAGUGUGGGACGAUUUCUACAAACGAUGCGAAGGGAUCUCAACAACAUGCCCCACUGGAGCGCCAAGUCCAUGCAUGAAGAACUGUACAGGGAAACCCGACCUGACGUACCAGUCCUGCACCAGCUGUAAGGUGCACGCUAAAUGUGACGACGGCAAACUGACCGACAACAUCACGUGUCCCAGCGGCCUUCUGUGGGACGAUUCACUGAAGCGUUGUGAAAAAACAUCGAAAACAUGUACACCAAAACAACCCCAGGGUGCUCUCACUGGAAAUACGUAA